UUGAUGCAGUAAAAGACCUAACACCCACUGGUAAAAUUAGAAGACCUUCUUAUAAAAUUGUAGUAAGUUGGAUCAAGGCUUCAUGGGAAGCGAUUGAUAUUGAUAACUUGAUCUUUGAUUAUGAUCAUUUAAACCAGCAAAUAAGUUAUGCUGACGAUGAGGUAGAAGUAUCAAAUGACGAAAGUCAAGAAAUAGUUAAUGAUCAGGGUAUGGUUAAUGAAGAUCAAGACAUGAUUAAUGAGGAAGAUGGUGACAAUUAUUAUAACGAACAAGAAAUGAAUUAUUGUAACGAACAAGAAAUGAAUUAUUGUAAC